GACUUGUUGGCUCCCGUCGCGGAACCCGCCAAGUAUAAAACGGAGCCCCCACAGCGGAGCCGGCAUAGGCACUGAUUUUAGAGAGCAAGAACAGAGCCCUGUGAUUCUGGGAAUUCAGCAUUCUCCACCAAAAGAUCAUUCAAAGGACUGAUCGACGCUUCAAAUGAAAGCUUUCUAUUUGUUUAUGAGGAUGAUCUUGAUGGACAUCUCAGUAAUAGCCCUUUGAAGUUGAAGCCACUUCAAAAUCUUUUUCAUCUUUGCGUUUUAGUAGAUAGCAGCAAGAGAUGAGCAGCGAGGUAGAAGCCUGUUCAGAAUGCACCAAAAGAUGCUUACAUCUUCAUAGAAAGACAAAUAGUUUAUCAUCUGUAACUUCGUUCUUCAAAGUUAUGUUUGGCGAUCGCUUUUCCGAAGUUUUGUACUUCCCACCCGUGUUUGCUGCUACAGUGUCGAGGUUGGUUAAUAAAAAAGUUGUUCUUGAGGAUUCUCUUGGGCAACAAUGGAAGGUAACAGUUUCCAAUUGUGAAGGAUCUCUUGCGUUUCGAGAAGGGUGGAGUGCGUUUUCAUCAGAGCAUAGCUUAGAAAUUGGGGAUUUUUUGACCUUCAAUCACAUCAUGGACUUGCACUUCAAUGUUACUAUCUACACGAAAACUGGUUGCGAAAAGGAGUUUGCUAACAAAAGCAAUAUGAGGAAAAGAACUAGAAGUACUUGUCCUGUACUUGAGAUAACUAAUGAAGGUUUGACCCAUCCACAAGCUUCCUGUCCCUCUGUGGGUUCUGGAUCCAAUGUGGCACUGUCUCAAGAUAAAUGUUGCAUGACUUGUUAUCGAGACUUGAAUUUGAACCUGAACCAGGACAAAAGGCCAAAGUACCAGAGCAGUAAUGAACGGAACGGAUCUCUCUGUAAAGCAGACAUUGUUGAUUAUUCGUACGCUUUCAUCAACCAGAACAAGGACAUAGGACUGGAGGAAAACAGAACUCCCUUAUUCGACUUGUUUUCCAUGGAAAUGCAGACGACUAAUUUCUGCGUCAAUGAGAUUACCACGAAGAAAGUUGCUGGGGAUGAGUUAAAUCCUAACCGUGCUUCCACGUCAUCAAACGCUGCAAUUGAUGUCAGCCGAAUUAACAAUGCUCGAGUUGAUAUAAAAGGAGAUAAAAGUCAGUGUUUUGAGGAGGCUGACAUAAAGAGGAGCGUCUCUGGUAACAAUCCUUGCCACGAUAAGACUAUCGAGGUUCCUUUUAUUACGUCUGCAACUAAUUCUGAUAGAAAUGUGAAGCAUUUUUGUGACAUGCCAUUAAAAAGUGUAAAAGACUGCCAGAAUAUACCAGCAGUAUUCGACACGCCCUCAACAAUUACAAGACAUGAUCAUCAGGAGUCUAAUAAUAAACAUACUUUUCCCGUCGACCAUUCCCAUGGCAUGAAACUCGAGUAUCCUCCAAUUUCCCUGGAGGUUAAAAAGUGUCCGCACGGGGACGUCAAAAAGACCACUAAAACAGAAAUGAACAACUAUGAAGACUUCAUUGGACAAAUAUCGGUGUCAAAAGUGAAGGAGGAGCUCCUCGAAAAGUCUAACCAAAGUGGUAGAGAUGGUACUAACAGUAAUGCAGAUUUGAUAGCAACUCGAGCCCACGUCUCCUGCAUAGUGGCUGAAGAUACUCUGUCUUUUCUGGAACUACCGACGAGUUUGCAGUCCCCGUGUUCGAGAGGCCGAAAAAAUCCAGAGAAGAGAAGGUUAGUGUUUCUUCGGGAUCCGAGGAAGAGACUGUGGCCGAUUCUUUACCACGAGAUGCCGAAUGUUCAUGUUCUAACAAGUGGGUGGGAAGCUUUUUGUUCUGCAAAUAAAAUUCAAUCAGGGGACGAGUGUUUAUUUCACGUCGAGGACGAGCUUGAACGCAUAUAUGAAGUACGCGUUCGGAAAUGUAAAAAUUAGUUGUAUUAUAUGUUUCUUAAUCUCUUCUAUGUUUUGGUUUGCUGCUCAAAUCUUAUGGUAAACAGAUCAUAAGUCUAAGCAAUGGUGGAAACUGUUGCAGUGUAAAGUUUAUGUUAAUUAACGUAUUUGUUGGCUCUAAAA